AUGGCUGAACUGAAUAGUGCGGCUAGAUCUGAAUUUCUAUUGGAAAUACAAAAAGUAGUUGCUACUUUGCAAGCUUAUCAUAACUGUGAUCUGUCUGUGGAGAUACAAGAACGUAUUUAUGAGGUGCUAGAAGCCUCUAUUGUGCGGGGACCGAGUAAUAUUGAGGAGUUUUUGGUUCUCUUUACUUCAUUUGUGCGGCAAAGUGGUUGGUUGAUUGAAACUGAAUUGAAAUGGUUUAAAGAUAUCUUUGUUUUGUUUUUGAAAUCGAUUACGGAACCUUCGGCUCGACUGGCUGGAUAUGCUAGAGAGGCUUUGCAACUUUUGGAAAGGGCUAGUGCUGGUGCAUCUGGAGAUAGGUUGGUUGAUUUGCUUUUGGUACAGUUGGAGAUUAAUGUUUUGUUAGUAGAGACUUUUGAUAACUCAGUAAAGAUAGAAGAGAUUAUUACUUUGUUACAAGAGGCUUUGGAUUUACAUUGGGUCUUUAUUGGGGGUACGGCUAAGAUGUAUGCUAAUCAAGUAGAGGAGGCUCCCAUCCUUAAGUGUGCUAUAGAGAAAAGAGUGGGGAAGGUACCGAAUACUAAUCAGCUGGAAGUUUUAGAGGGACAAAUUCCAGCUAAUGAUAGAUACUUCCUCUUCCCACAAGAAACACAUUUGGUUUAUGGACUAGUAAGUAGGGAAGUAGAGUGCUUAGUACUGGUGGCUAAGUAUUUAGUGACUCGCUCGGAUGAAGAGUCACAAGCCCGGGCGGAAGCAUUAGCUAAACGAAUUCUUUUGGAAGAGGUGAAUGGAGCAGCUUUGUUAGUCUAUUCCCAAACGAUUAAGAACAGACCUUUAGCCCGACUGUCUCUUAUUGAGUACGUUAUGCAACUAGAUGACAGUCCUUGUAAUGAGCAGGAAAGAGAGUUGCUUUAUGCCCAGGCUUUGACUGCAGUUGGAUCACAUAGUAGUGCUUAUACUUAUUUUCAAAAGCACAAUCAACUGAACUUACUUAUCAAAUCUCUUUGUUUAGCGGAGAAGAAAGAGUUGGCCGUGCCUUUACUAACCAAGAAGAUUGCUGAGGUAAGAAAUAAGUUAGAGAAUCAGGAAGUGGCCGAUUUGGCUCUGCUGGCUCUUAUGAAUACUAAAUCUAACCGUGAAGCAGUUACUAUGCUGCGUAUUGAGCUAGGCACUUUAUUAUAUACUCUUGGUAAGUUAACAGUCGAUACAACUGUUCUACAUGAGGCUUUCUCGCUUUUGAAAACGGCUAAGUAUGCCAAGACUCUUUGUACGCACUUACUCCUGGAAGGUAAAAUACCAGAGGCUAUUCAAGUCUUGCAGCAGUGUCCUUUUGAAGUAGUAGAUAAUGAGACUCUUUUGUUAACGGCAGUUACUCUUAUGCAGACUGAGAAGUACCAAGAUGCCGAACGCGUGCUUAAAUACUCGUAUACCUUUAAUCAGCCGGACCAACGGAUUGACUCAGCUCUUCAAGUAGUACUAGUACAACAGGGCAAGAUUGAUGAAUUAUUGGAGACUUUGUAUGCCCGGGUGAAAAUCUACUCCCGGCAUUUUGUGAAAGAUUGCAAUAGUCUGUUUACGUUUGGCUCUUCCUUUUUGCAAUUCAAGUAUGCAGCUGCGGCUAUCGCUGCUUUUUACCAGAAGACCAAUCAAGUUGCUCCAGCUUGGAUAGAAACUAUGCUUAAGUCUGCUGCUAAACAUCCAGAAGCGAGUGAAGAACUCCUGCGCGUACUAACCCCCAUUCCAACUCUAGAUGUAGCUCCGUACAUUAAGCAAGCCCUGGCGUCUGAACAACCUAUUGCCCCGGAAGUCGAGUACUUUGCCCGAAAACGACUGAUUGAAGAAGCCAUUCACAAACGCGCCUAUGAUACAGCUGCAGAGGCCCAUCUUCAGAAAAUGAAAGGACUAUCCACAACUAUCAAUCAAGAUAGAGACUACUUAGAUACAGUCUACGCUUUUUUCCAAAGCCAGCGCCCUGGCUAG